AUGAGUUAUCCUAAUAUAUAAGAAUUUUUAGAGGAUUUCGAUAAAGAAAAUGAAUUAUUAGGAAAAGGUACUUAUGGUGCAGUAUAUAAAAUGAAAACAAAAAGGAUAAUAAAUCCUGAAUUAGAGAGGGAGCAAGAUUAAGUGCCGUUUAUGAGUCAAUAUUUGGCAGUAAAAAUGAUGGAUGCUAAAACUGAAAAAUCCUUUAAUACAAUUUAGAAAGAAUUCUUGAUUUUAAAAAGUUUGCCUAAGUAGCAUCCUAACAUUAUAAAAUUAUACAAAGUAAUACUAAAUAAUGAAAAAUGAUAGAGUUAUGCCUGGGCAAAUUAAAUUACUAAAACUUAUACUCUUGUGUUAGUUAUGGAAUUAGCUGAUAACAAUUUAAUGACAGAGAUAAAGGAGAGGAUUACUUAAUAAAGGCAUUUUCCUGAUGAUUAAUUACAUCAUAUUUUUUUAUAGUGUAUACAAACACUCAAUGAUAUAAAAUUACACUCAAAUAUUUAUCAUAGGUAAAUAAUUUUAUAAGUUUUAGAGAUAUAAAACCUGAGAACAUCCUUAUUAAAUCUAGUGGUUUAUAAAUACUCUUAUCAGAUUUUGGUGUAUCUAAAAAAUUAAUGAAAGAAAAAUUACCAACUAUUGCAGGAACAUUAGUAGGUACUCCUUCAUAUUUAUCUCCUAUUUUAUGGAAAGCAUUUGAAUCUGUUAAAUUCUAAAUAGCCAAUAUUAAUAAGAUUGUUCAUAAUGUUGAAAAGUCUGAUGUUUAUUCUUUAGGUAUAACUUUAUUAUAAACAACAUUGUUACUUAAUUCUGAAAUAUAGAAAUUAAAUGCUGUAAUUAUACUUAGGUAAUUUAGGGAGAAUAAGGAUAAAUUAGGACAAAUAAUUUAUUAAAAGGCAUUUAAAAUCAAAGAAUUUAAAAUAUCUUAAUUAGAAUGCUUGAACAUGAUGAAAAAUAAAGAGCUUCUUUUUAAGAAUUAUUAUAACUAUUGAGUGAACCAAUACCAAAAUAAAUAGUAUCAAAUAAAAAGCCAAUAUUUUCAUAUGUUGAACCUAAAAUAGGCAUAAAAGAAUAAUUUAGUUUAUAAGCAAAGAUUAAUUAUCAAAACAAUAAAAAUGAAUCUGAUCAAACAUUUAUUAACUAAAAAUUAGAUUAGAAAGAUGAAAAAAUAGAAUAAUUUAAUAAUUAAGAUACUGCACAAGACUCUAAAAUUAUUUAAGAUCUUAUAUAAAAUGAUGAUAAAAAAAAGUGA